AUGCCAUUGCUCCGAACGUUCCGUGCUCUCUCCACCCGGAAAGUUCUUAAGGGUCAGUCCGGACUGCUCCCCGUGCAGAAGCGGCGGAUCUACGACAUCACGAACGUGCUUGAAGGCAUUGGGCUGAUUGAGAAGAGGGGCAAGAACAUUGUGCGAUGGGCGGGGAUGAACCUGCAAGGGGAGGGAGCAUCACGCAUGCAACACGACGUGACCAGUGCCCAGGCUGAGCUAGACGAGUUGAGGCAGCAAGACGGGCAGCUGGACAAAGACAUCAAGGCCAUGCAGGAGCGGCUACGGUUGUCGGGCAACGACGGGGAGAAGAAGCAGUGGAUGUUCGUCACAGAAGAUGAUAUCAAGGGCCUUCCGUGUUUCCAGAAUGAGACGCUCAUCGCCAUCCGUGCUCCGCAUGGAACCAUGCUGGAAGUUCCUGAUCCUGACGAGGCAGGCAGGGCACACAGCGGCCCUUCGCCAUGCAGCAAGCGGUACCAGAUCCUGCUGCGCAGCGCCAAUGGCCCCAUUGAUGUCUACCUUGUCAGAGUAUACCUCUUUCCUGCCUUCCCUCCCCACCCCCCGGGCUCCCAAACUCCCUGUUUCUCACUCGGUCUCCACUCAGCUGCAUUCUGCGAUCCCUCAUUCUUAAGGUCCUUUCUCUGA